AUGUUUAGACAAUUAGCCAAGGCCAGAGCCUUCCCAAAACUCUCGAGAUCGUACAUUGCCGGCCAAUUCACCGGCCAAAGAAAAGCCAACGGGAAAUUCACCGUGACUUUGAUUGAAGGAGAUGGUAUCGGUGUGGAAAUCUCCCAGGCGGUUAAGGACAUCUACGCGGCUGCCAAUGUUCCAAUCGAGUGGGAGCCAGUCGACGUGACCCCACUUUUGAUUGACGGCAAGACCACUUUGCCCCAAGAAGCCGUGGACUCGGUCAACCGUAACUUGGUGGCUUUGAAAGGUCCCUUGGCUACCCCUGUCGGAAAGGGCCACACCUCCAUGAACUUGACCUUGAGAAGAACCUUCAACUUGUUUGCCAACGUGCGUCCUUGUAAGUCCAUUGUUGGCUACGACACGCCCUACAAGAACGUUGACACCGUCUUGAUUAGAGAAAACACCGAAGGUGAGUACUCGGGCAUUGAGCACACCAUUGUUCCAGGUGUUGUUCAGUCCAUCAAGUUGAUCACCAAGCCUGCUUCUGAGAAGGUGAUCCGUUACGCUUUUGAGUACGCCAAGAGCAUCAACAAGCCCCACGUUCUUGUGGUGCACAAGGCUUCGAUCAUGAAGUUGUCCGACGGUUUGUUCGUUGAGACCGCAAAGGAAGUGGCCAAGGAGUACCCAGACGUUGCCUUGGACUUUGAGUUGUUGGACAACACCUCUUUGAAGUUGACUGCCGACCCAUCCGACUACGAGAAGGUGGUUAUGGUUAUGCCUAACUUGUACGGUGACAUCAUGUCGGACUUGUCCUCUGGUUUGAUUGGUGGUUUGGGUUUGACUCCUUCCGGAAACAUGGGUAACAAGGUUUCCAUCUUCGAGGCUGUCCACGGUUCCGCUCCGGACAUUGCCGGAAAGGGCUUGGCCAACCCAACCGCCUUGUUGUUGUCGUCUUGCAUGAUGUUGAGACACAUGUCUUUGAACGCCGACGCCGACAAGAUCGAGGCUGCCGUUUUGAAGACCAUUGCUUCGGGCCCAGAAAACAGAACUGGUGACUUGAAGGGAACUGCUUCGACCCAGCACUUUACCGAGCAAGUCAUUGCGAACUUGUAA